GUUGCCAGCGUAUCGCCAUCGCGUUUGUAUCUCAGCCAGUGUCCACGUAAGCGUUCACACCCAGGGUCGACCGUGUCAGUGUCUGUGUUCCUAGUGUAAUUGUAUUAGUGGGUCUGUAUGCGUGACUAUGUGUCUCCUAGUGUGUGUGUGACCUGCCUGCCCCUGUCGAUAUUAUUUUGAUUGUGCCUAAGAUCGAGUUGGAGUUAAAGCUGAAGCCAGGAUGCGACUCCGGUGAAGCAGUCUCAAAUUGCGGUGAAAAGCAAAAAAAAUUGAGUAAAGAGGCAAACAACGAGUACGUUGCGUUGUUUGCUGGCACGCGUGCAUUGCAAGUGACGUGUAGCAAGUGGCAAGUAAUUCGUGGAUUCAAUUUGCGCCACAAAGUAUAGAAAAAGUUCGAAAAGUGUUAUUUAAAUCGCCGCAUUAAUUAUUGAGAGUGUAAAUGUGAAUAAAAUAAAAAGCAGAAAGCGAAACGUUGGGAAAAGAUCGUGUGAUGAAUGCGCGGAAAUCACAAGAAAAUUCCCUGUCCCAUUUGGAUGUGAAUUACGUCAGUUUGGCCAAAAGCCACGCCUUCGACAACGACUUACAGCAAAGUGAACUGUUAACUGCUCAGCAACAGGGUUCCUCGCCUACUCUGACGUUGAUCACCUCAAAGGUUGACUCAGCAGGGUUAAACCUGGCCGACACUCGCAACUCGAGCAAAAGAAGCGGGUAUCCAGGAUUUGGGUCUGCAGGUGACUCAUUCGACAGGAAAUUACGAUGGCGGUUGGAGCAUGCAGCACAGAAAUCUUGCACCAAGAGUUGGCCUGUGAAAAGCACUCUCACAAACAGCCAGAGAUUUACAGGCAGACUCGUCGAGACUGCAUAAAUACUAGUAUCUUAGCGAUUUCAGUGUUAACUUUAAGCUCGUUCGGCACUCGUAAAAAUUAUAGUUUAUUUUUUGGAUGGACUUCAGUGUCACCAACACGCGUCGUCUGUUGUAAUGGGUCCUAGGCCAGAGAUUACCUGGCAGCAGAUUACAAUAUCGGGUAAUCGCAUUGCUUAAGUCGUUAGACCCUGACAAAUGGCCGCACACUCGGCGAAUUCUGCAGAAGAAGUUUGAAGAGGUUCGUGGCGGAGGAGGAACAGAAGUGGAGGCACACUUGGAAGUGCUUGAGAGUGCUGAAAGAGAAGCGUAGUUGGCGACCUUGAAAAUGCAAACUAUGCCGCGAGGGCGCUACACACUCAUGCACACACACACACACAACCAACACAGGCUUGGGAAAGGAAACACAAGCGCAGAGGGGCAACACUGGGAGAGGACAAGGGAAACAAAGUUAAGUGCUGACGUCGAGUGUGUGUGCGUGUGUGUGAGUCUGCGUGUCCUAUGCUCAAAUACAAAGGCAACACUGGCAAACGAAACGAGUUUCGAUGCCACCAAAAACUGCAACAGUAUCUGUAUUUGUAUCUAACAGAUACACGAGCUAAAAUGAAAUUUCGCAUGCGAAACCGGCGAAGACAGCAGAACGAAGAGCGAGGAAGACUGCGAAGAACGCGAAGCAGAAGCAGAAGCACCGCAAAGCAAAAGUCGGUCUUUGUGCCAAUAGAGCUUAGAAUGCGGUAGGACAACACUCCUCCUUUUUAUCUUCGUCUUCUCUGUUGCAUCCCUCUUCUUCUUGUUGUCUUUUUAUCGCGUUGUUGUUGUUCUUCUUCGUCAUGUUGAUGUUGCGGCGCGCCGCAGGAAACGACAACAUUGCCAAAUUCAUACUUUGAUCUUCGUCUUCUAAACAAAUUUCGCAGAUGUUAUUGUUGCUGCUGUUUGUCCCAGUCCCAGUUCCAGUUCCAGUCCCAAGCUCCAGCCCCAGACCCAGGUCCAAAAUUUAAUUCUCAGACCCAAAUCCCCUUCCCAGUUAAGCUCCUUGCUUGCGUGUGUGAACUCUCGUUGAACAAGGCGGCGAUAUGCAAGAUUUAAUUUGACUACAUCAUUUCGGCGUGCGGCACAUUAAAAUUUAAUUAAAUUCAUUUCUUUCUUCGCUAAAAUUUGACACAUUUCAAAUGUUUUCAGAACCCUACUCCAAAGUUUUAUUUUUGGUGAGCUCCCGAUAAUGUUAAUGUAGGCCAUUGAAGAAAUCCAUUAAAAAUUGUUCAGUA